AACUUGCAAAUUUUGGUGCGAGAAAGAGCGUAUCAUGCAUCGUUACACAACAUUCAAAGAUGACUUAAUCACUUUGUAGGGGAGUUCGGAAACGAUUUAUGAUCUUGUUUGGGGCUUUUGGUCUAAAUUCGUAGCCGUCGAGUUGUAUUAACCAGCACAAGUCCACCUUAAGAGGUUUUCACAACGGCUUAUGGUAAAGCGUUUAAAGAUUGUAUUCGAAUCGUCGCCACGAACGAUCACCUAGGUUGCUUUUGUCUGUGUAUAUUUAUAUAUCAGUAAAUCUACUUAGAAUGAAGUGGAAUAGCCAUAUCAUGUGGCGUUUAAUGAUACUUCUGAGUGUGUUUGUUACAUUUUGUGAGCCGGAAUCAACGAAAAUAUCAAAUAUUCGCCCAAAACGUUACAAGAAGAGACAUUCGACUUAUAAAUUUAAUCUUCGUAAAGUCGUAGUUCGAAAUGCGAAAGUGAUGAACGCUACCUGUUUAGAUGACUCUGAUGCGGCAUUCUACAUCAGCCGUAAUACUAAGAAUCAUAACUGGGUAAUCCGUCUCCAGGCCGGGGGAUCUUGUGUCCUGUUUUCAGAAUGUUAUGAUAGAAAAACGACAGCAUUUGGUUCAUCAGAUUAUCUAGAGGACUACAUCACUGGCACCUUCCUAACUUCAAAUGAUCCAGAGGUCAAUCCUACGUUUCAUAGAUGGAAUAAAGUGUUCAUACCUUAUUGCAGCGGGGAUUUAUUUGUUGGAAGAAAGCAAGCCAGGGACCAUGGUUUUGGAUUGCCGAUGCUUGGUCAUUAUAUUGUCACGAGCAUUAUAAGACAACUAAUUCAAGACUACAAGAUUAAUACCAAACAUACUAAAAUUCUCUUUGGUGGAGCGUCCGCUGGUGGGAUCGGAAUGCUCAGUAAUAUUGACCACGUCGCGAAGAUUGUAAAACCUGCGAAGGUCCUUGGCUAUAAUGACGGUGGUUGGUUCACACUCUACAGAAACUUCCUGGAACCGAGAGGAAAUGGAGCUCCUGAAUUCUUGAGUACACUACGUUAUCUAUUUAGAUAUUAUUGGGAUGGUUUUGUGGACGAGUCGUGCCGUGCACAAAUGCCUCAACCCGCCGCAUGUCUUUAUGGUGAAAUGGUGAUACAACAUCUGUCUACACCAAUCUACGUCAUGGUCUCUCAGUGGGAUUCGUAUCAGUUGAAUGAACUAAAUCUUGAUAAAUACCGUCCAGUACGUCUGCCACCAUCAUCGCGUAGCGAAGCCCUCUAUUUAGCACAGUUUGGAAACAACACGUACAAAUCAAUAAAAAGGCUGAUCUACAGUAAUGGCUCUGGAGUGUUCUCGCCAGCCUGUGUCUCACAUACGUUCGCUGGAGUGAAUGAAACAGAAGCGGCUAUUACAAUGAACUAUAAAAUUGCAGGUGUGACGCCUUAUCAGGCGCUAUCUGAAUGGUAUAACACAAGGGGUAAAAGAGGGACAUAUGUGGAUAUCCCUUUAGCAUCUCCUCGCUGUAACCCUACCUGUUGUUCAAAAUAUUGCUCACUCUGUAGCGAACAUAAUGAAAUGUUGGUCAUGUCCGACGUACGAAGGGAAAUUGUUCAUGUCACCACCGAAACUAUCCAUCUUCAUACGACUAUUACGUCAAAUGCAGCGCAGUUGCCAUCACAAGUCAGUUUAGUGUCUAUCGUUUGUGUGCUGUUGCUUUCCACACUUCUCAGAUGAUGACGUUUAGUGAAUUCUAAAAGUUAAUCAACAGAUGACACUUUAUUAUAGUGCACCAUAGAGUUUACUUAUUAGAGUUUUAAAUUAUGUUUCAAUUAUGUUAUAUAUUAUUUAUGUUCAUUUUGAUAAAUGACAAUUCAAAAGUAACUUAGUACGUAGGCCCUGUUUUAUAUACGUCACACUUUACUUCCGUCGAAUGCAAUUGAGACUAUAGAUAAUGAGAUAAUUAGCCUCAUUACCCUUCAUUAUCAACUCACUAUCUAUUGUCCUAGUUGUAUUCGACACGACUGAAAUGCGACGUUUAAACCGUGCAGAGGUAACCUGCAGUAAAUAAACACGAAGCUAGUAAAUUAGGUCAUAUUAUUUCUGGACUCGCUGGUGUCCAAUACAAAAAUUUAUGCUUAUGUAAAUAAUGAUAUAUUCAACUAAGAACCACUGUAUAUAAUAUAAUAUAUUAUCAGUAUCUCCUAUAGUGACCUUGGAGAAAAAAUAUUCCAAUUCUCAACAAGAAAUUUGCUUGAACAAAAGAUGUGGCAGAUUUGAUUUUGUAAUUUGCAAAAAAAAAUCAGUGGCCAUUCGAUAGUGAAGAAUUUUAACCAAAGUCCCAGACCAGCAUGAAAUGCCACUGCCGUGAUUUAAUAGAUCUCUGUGUUUCAACAGCUAUAUGUACGUAUAGCACUUAGUGGAAACACCUGCGUCGAUCGCUAGACUUUUUGUCAUUACCACGCAAUAUCGU